UGUCAUAAGUUAUUGCCCGUAACAAGCUGAAAACGCAGGUUGCGUCGAGUCAGAAAAACAAAAUCAAUAUUUGAAAAUAACUCAAGUAUCCGUCGCCAUUGUGUAUUUAACAUAACAUCUAAUAAUAUAAACUCAUUGUGGUCAUAAUACACCUAAAUCUAAAAUGCAGUUUUACGACCACCUAAAAAGGAAAUAGAGAACUGCUGUAACAAUGGAAAUGUUCAUAAAAUAUAUUGUUCUUCUCGUUUCUGUGCGGUCGGUUUAUCUUUAUUGUGGCCCAUACAAUGGCCAGAUUUGUAAACAUUAUUCUACGGGAUACGUCUGGUACAAUCAAACGGGGGGUCUUGAAAAUGAAAAAAUUACAACAGGCCUUUGGAAGGAAAUGAUUUCAACUUUAAAAGAACCAUGUAGAAGUAAAGCCGAAAAAUUACUGUGUGCUUAUGCUUUUCCUAAAUGUAUAAAUAAGGAAGAUGUGGGGAACAUUGCUUUACCUCUUUGCUAUGAAGACUGUAUGGCUGUGAAAAUGCAGUUCUGUUAUAAUGGUUGGAUUGUGAUUGAAGAACAGAAGCGUCGAGGUGUUUUCUUUGAAUCGAGAGGGCAUUUUAGGUUUCCUGAAUGUGAAAAGCUUCCAAGAUUUUCAGGAAAAGGUUCACAUGUUACUUGUCAUAAUACAGGAAUAACAGAAAUGGACUACAGUCAAGUGACUACAAAUUGUUAUCAUGGAAAUGGCAGAUUUUAUCAAGGAAGUAUGAAUGUGACCGAAACUGGACUUUCUUGUCAAGCUUGGGAAUCACAGUAUCCACAUCAACAUACCAGACCACCUCUUAUUUUCCCAGAAGUCCAGAAUGCCACAAACUAUUGUAGAAAUGCUGGAGGUGAAGAACGUAAACCAUGGUGUUAUACUAUGGACCCUACAGUAAGAUGGGAGUACUGUGAUGUACCACUUUGUGCCAAUUCAAGUGAGAUUACAAUUGACAAUAUCAAUGGACCAAUUAUAAUGGAGAAUUAUUUUACCCCAACUUUUGUAUUAUUUUUAUCUAUUGGUGGUCUUGGUUGUGUGUUAGGAAUAGCAUGCAUUGCACUUUUAUGCCACUAUUUUUUGAAAAAUCAUUACUCUAAAUGUAACAUCUCAAGAAGAAAUGUUCAAAAUAUGGAAAUAGAUUUAGAUAAACUACCUAGUAAUAUGGCAUACCAUACAACAGGGGCACAACUUAAUCCAAAAUUGGAAAAACUGGAGUUUCCUAGAAAUAAUAUAAUUUAUAUUAGGGACCUUGGCCAAGGUGCAUUUGGUAGAGUCUUUCAAGCAAAAGCACCUGGCUUAGUUCCUGAGGAAGAAUUCACUUUAGUGGCUGUAAAAAUGUUAAAGGAUGAAGCAUCUCAUGACCUACAAUUAGACUUUGAAAGAGAAGCUUGUUUACUUGCAGAGUUUGAUCAUCCCAAUAUCGUUAAAUUAUUAGGAGUAUGUGCUGUUGGAAGACCAAUGUGCUUACUGUUUGAGUUUAUGGGUAAAGGUGACUUAAAUGAAUACCUUAGAGCUUGCAGUACUGCCCCUAAUUAUCCUCCAGGAGUUGAAAACAGAGAAGAUUUGCGCCUUUUAGUUGCUCCACUUACUGACUUAGAUCUUUUACAUGUGUCUAGACAGAUUGCAUCUGGAAUGGUGUAUUUAUCAGAUAGGAAAUUUGUUCAUCGGGAUCUAGCCACCAGAAAUUGUCUCAUUAAUGAUGACAUGGUAGUUAAAAUAGCUGAUUUUGGUUUAUCUCAUAAGAUUUAUCUACAAGACUACUACAAAGGAGAUGAACAUGAUGCCAUCCCAGUACGAUGGAUGCCUUUAGAAAGUAUUUUAUAUAACAAAUAUACACUUGAAUCAGAUGUAUGGGCUUAUGGUGUAUGUUUGUGGGAGAUAUUCUCAUUUGCUUUGCAGCCAUACUUUGGCAUGACUCAUGAGGAAGUAGUUAGGUUUUUGAAGGAUGGUAAUGUCCUUGCCUGUCCUGAUAACACACCUAGGUGUGUAUAUGACUUAAUGAAGCAGUGCUGGAACCAUAAUCCUAGUGAUCGCCCAAACUUUAGAGUUAUUUACCAAACAUUGGACAAUAUUCAAAUGAUAUUAGAAAGACGUCACUCUGAUUAAUGUAGUGAAGCUACCUAGGGUUUGAAUUUAGAAUGUUAAUAAUUCAAACCUUGAAUUAUUUUCUCGUCUUGUAAAUACCAAUAAUUGCAUUAGAAAUGUGUGGUAUUCAAUGUGUGCUGUAAGAAUCUUCUUACAAAAUGUUAAUAAGGUGUUUUAAAAAAAUUCUUACAUUUUCGCACAAUUUUUUUGCUCAUGUCACCACAACAUUAUGAAUCAUCAUUUAUUCAGGGAAUAAGACUGACUUAGUUAUUUGACCCGCCUUAAUCUUUUUAUUGUGUUAGUUACUAUGUUUUAAAUGUUUUAUCUGAUUUUUUUAUCUAUUUAUGAUAGCUGCUUGAUUGUUUUCAAUAAAAAUAAGUAGAGAGCAAAAAUAAAUAAAAUCUAUAUAUUUUUAUAUAAGUAGAGCAUUUGAAUGAAAAAAUUCAAAUUACAUAAGUUUUAACACAAUUCACACUGGGUCUUCAGUAUUAUCCUUUGUACAGCUUUAGGUGUAGAUGUUACAUUUCAAUUGUUUGAAUUCCUUAAUUUAUUGUUAUAUUGUAGUAAAAUCCCUCAAGUCAUUGUA